GUUACUUGGGCCGCUACUUGACUUAGUAAACGUAAGACUGCAACUUGUCGUUAACCUAUCUUUUUGUUAGGCCUGAAGUUGCAGUUUAUAUGGCCAUUAUAAAGAGAGUGAAUCGCACGAAGGUUGCGGACGCUAAGGCCCCAAGUGGUACUGGGCAAUCCACAGGCGUCCGAAAAGCUGUUUUCCAAGGCAACCGCAAGAAAACUGUUGGCGUGGAUGAUUUGACAUUGCUUUCCAAAAUUUCUGAAGAUGAAAUAAAUAAAAAUUUAGAACUUCGUUUCCGUAAUGGUGAAAUCUACACAUACAUUGGACAUGUGUUGAUUUCAGUCAACCCCUUUCGUGAUCUGGGCAUUUACACUAUGGAUGUUUUGAAGUCUUAUCAAGGAAAAAAUAGGCUUGAAACAUCUCCUCACGUUUAUGCAAUUGCUGAAAAUGCCUAUUAUCAAAUGAAGUCGUAUCACGAAAAUCAAUGUAUUAUUAUUUCAGGUGAAUCUGGUGCUGGUAAGACUGAAGCUGCCAAGCAAAUUAUGCAAUAUAUUACUCAUGUUUCAAAGUCUGUUGGUACAGAAAUUGAAAAGGUUUCCGAAAUUAUUUUGGCGACCAACCCCCUACUUGAAAGCUUUGGCUGUGCUAAAACGCUGCGCAAUAAUAACUCCUCUCGUCAUGGAAAAUAUCUUGAGAUGAUUUUUAAUCCUUCGGGUGCUCCCAUUGGUGCUAAAAUCACGAACUAUCUUUUGGAAAAAAAUCGUAUUGUUCAUCAAGUUCGAAAUGAAAGAAAUUUCCAUAUAUUCUAUCAAUUCACAAAGAGCGCCCCUCAAAAAUAUCGUGACGCAUACGGAAUUCAAGGUCCCGAAAGCUAUCUUUACACUUCGGCAAGUCAAUGUUUCUCUGUUGAUGGUAUGUCUGAUGAGAGAGAUUUCCAAGGCACAGUAAAUGCGAUGCAAGUAAUCGGUAUUACAGAGAGUGAGCAAGACGAGAUCUUUAAAAUAAUCGCAAUUAUCUUAUGGCUUGGUAAUAUCCAGUUUCAAGAAGGCCCUGACGGUGGCAGUGUAAUUACCGACAAAAGCAUUUCAGAAUUUUUAGGAUAUCUGAUAGGUGCUUCUGCUCCUUUAAUUGAGAAGGCUUUGACUAUUAGAAUUAUGCAAACACAACAUGGUUCCAGAAGAGGAUCCGUCUAUGAGGUCCCUCUCAACCCAACCCAAGCAUUAGCUGUCCGGGAUGCUUUGGCUAUGGCUCUUUAUAACUGUCUUUUUGACUGGAUUGUGGAACGUGUAAACAAAGCAUUGGUUACUUCAGAUAGAUCCGCGAACACUUCAAUUGGUAUUCUUGAUAUUUAUGGUUUUGAGAUUUUCGAGCACAACUCUUUCGAGCAGCUUUGCAUUAAUUACGUCAAUGAGAAGUUACAACAAAUUUUUAUUGAACUUACACUCAAAACCGAACAAGAGGAAUACGUUCGUGAACAGAUUGAGUGGACUCCUAUUAAGUAUUUCAACAACAAAGUCGUUUGUGAUUUAAUUGAAUCUAAGAGACCUCCUGGUCUCUUUGCCGCUAUGAACGAUGCUAUAGCUACUGCGCACGCUGAUUCAUCUGCUGCUGAUAAUGCUUUUGCUCAGCGCUUGAACUUCCUUUCGAGUAACCCUCAUUUUGAACCCAGACAAACUCAAUUUAUCGUUAAGCACUACGCUGGUGAUGUUACCUAUGAUACAAUGGGUAUGACUGACAAGAACAAAGAUCAGUUGGCUACAGAUAUUUUGAACCUUGUACACUCAUCUAGUAACAACUUCUUGAAGUCUAUUUUCCCUGCUCCUCAAGAAACGAAUGCCAGACGCCGCCCUCCUACAGCUGGUGAUCGCAUUAAAGCCUCUGCGAAUGACCUGGUUGAUACUUUGAUGAAAUGUCAACCAUCAUAUAUUCGUACGAUUAAGCCUAAUCAAACAAAGUCACCUCAGGACUAUGACACUCGUAUGGUUUUACACCAAGUUAAGUAUCUUGGUCUUCAGGAAAAUAUUCGUAUUCGACGUGCUGGUUUUGCUUAUCGCCAAGCGUUUGAUACGUUCGCCCAACGCUUCUCCGUGUUGAGUAGCAAAACCAGUUAUGCUGGUGAAUAUACUUGGCAAGGUGAUGAUACAACUGCUUGCGAACAAAUUUUGAAGGAUACUAAUAUCCCCCCUACUGAGUAUCAGAUGGGUACUAGUAAAGUGUUUAUAAAAAAUCCCGAAACGCUUUUUGCUUUAGAAGAUAUGCGUGACAAAUUUUGGGAUAGUAUGGCCAUAAGAAUUCAACGGGCCUGGCGUGCUUAUGUCAGAAGAAGAUCAGAGGCAGCUUCUUCUAUUCAGAAGUUGUGGAAUCGUAAUAAAGUUAAUGUUGAACUUCAGCGCGUUCGCGAUGAAGGUUCGAAACUUUUGCAAGGGAAGAAGGAGCGAAGAAGAUACAGUAUGUUAGGAUCUCGAAAGUUCCACGGUGAUUACUUGUCAGCCUCCAAACCCAAUGGUACUUUAUGGAGUACCUGUGGUUUAAGUUCUGGUGAUGUCGUGAUAUUCUCCAUGCGUUGCGAGGUGCUCGUUCAUAAAUUAGGCCGUUCUUCUAAACCUUCUCCUCGUCAACUUGUUUUAACCAAAAAGGCCCUGUACUUGGUUAUUACUAAGAUUGUUGAUCAUCAACUUACCCAGCAGGUCGAGAAGAAAUUCCCUGUUGCAUCUAUCGAUUCGGUCAACUUGACAAACUUACAGGAUGACUGGGUCGCAGUACGAAAUAAAUCCAGUCCAGAUGGUGAUAUGUUUUUGCGUUGCUUUUUCAAAACUGAAUUGAUUACAAUACUUCGCAGUAUCAAUCGUCAAAUUCAAGUUGUUGUGGGCCCAACCAUUGAAUAUUGCCGUAAACAAGGAAAGACUUUAACCGUUAAAACCCAAAAAGAGGAAACUGCAAAUGAUUAUGACUAUUAUAAGAGUAGCACCAUUCGUGUUGGAACUGGCUUGCCUCCAAAUAGUGUUAGCAAACCAUUCCCUCGUCUUGCUAGUGGUGUAUCUCCAAACGUGAGACAGCCUCCUGUACAGGCAGCUACAAAACCAGCACCAGUGAAGAGAGCAGCUCAACCCAAACCACAGCCAAGACAGCAACCGCAGCCCACGCAGAAUAAGACUACUACGCCGGUGUCUCAGGCGAAAACAGCUCAGCCAUCGCCUCCUUCAGUCGCGGGCUUGUAUGAAAUUAACCAAACAACGCAGAUAUUUCCUGAGGAGCAAACAAUUUCACCCUCGACAGCUCCGCAGCCCGUAAAAUCUCCUGCCGCUACUAAGCCUGCUGCUUCUGCGACCCCUGGUCAAGCUCCUCCUGCUCCUCCACCACCAGCUCCCCCAGCUGCUCCUCAAAAACCACUUUACAUUGCUCUGUAUGAUUUUACAGGUCGAAGUGCCAAUGAGAUGUCCAUAAAGAAAGAUGAGAUACUUGAAAUUGUACUUAAGGAGCCUAGUGGAUGGUGGCUUGCUGUCAAGAAUGGAUUAGAAGGAUGGGUACCCGCAACAUACGUAACUGAAAGCAAGGGUAGUUCCGUGACCGCUGAACCACCAGUAAACAACGGUGAUUCUAGUUCUGGAGUAAACAACUUAGCUGGUUCACUCGCCGAUGCACUUCGUAUGCGCGCAUCUGCUGUACGAGGUAGCGAUGAUGAAGAGGACUGGUAAAAAGGGCAUCCGAUGUACAUAUAAUGACUUCCAAAUUUUUGCAAUCGAAAACAAAGCUCAGCCCUUUACUAUCAUUUUUUUAUGUCUUAGAUACUAUAAGUAUUGCCAUGUCAAUUAAUGAAAUAAAUCGUUUUAUUUUA